GAUGGCGGCUCCAUUAGAACUAAAGAGGAGUUGCUACUGUGAGAGGAGAUUUGGAGAGGACUUCAGAUACAGAAGAAGGAGAUGUCGCUGUUGAAGCGGAAAAGGGAGAAGAAGAUGAAUCUGCUGUGAGUUUUCUCCCAUGUGUUUGACUGUGAACCAGAUCGAGAAGAAAUCAGUUUGAAUCGAGAAAUACAAAGUAAGCAGAAGAUCGAACUGGUGAUGAAAUACAAGCAAUUGAUGGUGGAAUUGAGUUGGGUUUUGGUCGAAUCUGCAUUUCACUCUAGUUGGAGAUGCGCCAUGGAUGUUACAAGGGUUUUGGGAUGAAUUAAAAACAUGGGUAUGUCUCAGAUUCAAGUUUACAUCAAGGUAAAAGUGUUGCUGCUGUCGACUGAAGCUAAGAAUGAAGGGUUUGCUGUUGAUCGAGAAAUGGCCAGGGUUUUGAUUCGAUUGAGAAGGUUAAUGAAGCUGUGAUGGGAUUUCUUAGGAAGAGCAAGUUCUGGUGAUGGAAAUGGUAGAGCUUCUUGAACUGAGCUGUGAAGCUGAAAUUUGGGUUUGACUUUGUAGUUGCUGGUGGUGGUGUUUAGAUGGGCACAGCUGAUGGAAGCUUAAAUGGAAGAAUGAGCUGGUAUUAAAGGGCUUGGUCUGAAUGCUAUCCAGGGAAGAGCUACAGUUGAUGUUCACAGAAUCACAGGUGGUUGCUGUGUAUGAAUGAAGAGAUGGAGCUGAUACUGAGUUGCAGUUACAGAUGAUGCAGGGAAUUGCAGUUGUGGGUUCAGGUGACUUGCAGGUGAUGUGUGUUAUGGCAUAGAACUGAGGCUGAGAUAUGGGAACUGGUGUUGCUGUUGGUAUGAACAAGAGCUGUAGUCUGGGUUCAAUGAAGUCUCAAACUGUUGGGGCUAUAAUGUGGCUGGCUAUGGUUACAGCCAAGGAUUUGGACAAGAUGGUGGUGCUGAUGCUUUGUAUCUGAUAUGGCUUGAAGUGGAAUUGGCAGAGCUGUGGAUUUUAAAAGAGAGAGUUGCAGGUGAGAUGUACUGCAACAAGCUACAGAGUAUUAGUGAGCUGCAAAUGGAAUGAAGUGAAGCAGUGAACCUUAGAUGUAUGUUAGAAUGAAUUCGCAGGGAGACGAAAGAAUGCUAUAUGCUGUAUGAACCGGUGAUGCUGCAACUGAGUCGAAGCAGUGACUGAAAUUGGUAUUGCAGGUGGACUGUGGUUGUCCUGGUGUUGUUAAGUGGAUGUGAACCGAUAGUUUGCAGCUUAAGCUGUGAUGCAAUGGAAGUAGCUGGAUGAGCUGACAUGAAAGAAUAGAUACAGCUGAACUGAUCCGGUGAAUGAAUAUGAGCUGUUGAUGCAGUUGCAGCUGGUUAUGAAGUUGCGGGGAAGCGGCGAGCUGAACCGCAGUGUGCACGUGAGCUGGAGUGCAGGAAGAGAGAGCUGGUUACAAUGCUGUUGUGUAGUUGAUGAUACUGCGAGCUAUAUGGAGUUGUCUGUGGCUCUGGUGGUGGCAGGUAAUUGGAUCUGAGAAGAAACUGCUCAAGUACUGAGCAGUUAAUGGAAAUGGUGGUGAUUGAUGUUGCUGCUGUUGGAGAUGGUAGUAGCUGCAAACUGGAGUGGUGCUGCUAUUGUAACACUGAGGUUAACAGGGAAGAAGUCGCAGCAUAGUUGUUGGUGCUUGAAGUGGUAGUUGCUACUGAGCUGAACUUGGAGGUGAUACUUCUGCUGGAGUGAUGUCAAGAAACGAAGAGAAGGACUUGAGUUACUGGUGCUGUCUGUGGUUGCUGUUAUACAGGGAGAGAAGGAGUAUGUUGUAAAGGAGAUGGAACUGAUUCAUUUGGUUGCAGUUGAGCUGCAACGGAGGACAAAGGAAGACAAUUAAGAUGUCAUGGAGGAUAUGAAGCUUAACUGCACUGUGGAGACUGGGAUGAAGCUACAAGAUGGCAGUGGUGGCUGUCUGGAUUGUCUGUUGCUGAGAAUACAAGAAGAAGUGCAGUUGAGAAGGUAAUAUUGCAAGUGAAGAGUGCAAGACAGUUAUGGAAUCAGUGGUACUAUGUUAAUGAAGUAGCAGGUGGUGAUGUAUUGGCUAGGCACAGGAGAUGUUUAUUGUGUGCUGUUACAAGCUGCAAUUAAGGUGACAGAUGAUGCAGGAGGGAUGAGGAUAUGGAGAUUCUAAUGGCUGUGACUUGGGUAGUGGAAAAACCGUGGAAUGUCAAGUCUAGUGGUUUCCAAGUUGGGGUCUUCCACAAUAAAUCCAAGCAGUGUUCCAUGAUUUCGCGGGAUGGUCCAUGGAAUCCAUGGUAGGCCUGAUCAGAUUAGCGUAAAACGCUAUUCAGAAUAGCGCACUGGAAGACGAAAAUCGGUAAUCAAAUUAGUGGUCAACGCUAUUAAAAUUAUCACUUUUGUUGUUCCACAAUUACACUUGUGCUUCCAUCCACGAUCCGAAAUAUUGAGGUGACGUGGAAGAUGGAACUCUUCUACCAUAAGACUUGCUUUUAACGUGCCACUAUCAAUAUAUGUUGAAUCUUGAGGAGCCAUAACACUAAACCUUGGUGUGUAGAGAAGUGGAAUGUUUUGUGGCAGUGUAUUUUGUCAGAGACCUCACUUGAGUCCGCCACGUCACCCCGUGUAAAUAUCCGCACAAGAGUUAAGUAUCAAAAUUGUGGGGCCAGCUAGAUGAAUAAAGGGUAUCAGUGCACUAUUACUGUUGUAUAAAUAGUGAUACUAGUGCAGUAAAAUCUCAUCUUUUCCCCACUUCCCUUUCCAUUAAAAAUAUCAAAAAUAUGGUGUUGUAUCUUCGUGGCGUUGUCGUGGAAGAAGACAAUAGAGGGCAAAAAAGGGAGAUGGAAAGAGAGAGCAAGAAAGCAAAAAGGUUUUGGGGAAAUUUCCCCUCUUUUCUUCUUCUUCUUCAUCAUCAAAGAUUUCUUCGUUUUUUCGUAAUGGGCGAUUCUUCAGUCAGUUGUGGUGACAAUGGUCACAAUCUUCUUCUUCUUCUGAUGUUGGAAGCAGAAACAGUCAUUAUUCGUCAAAGAUUUCUUCGUUUUUCAUAAUGGGUGAUUCUUCAGUCAGUUGUGGUGAUGGUGGUCACAAUCCCUUCUACUCUCUUCUCCGUCCAAAUACUUCUUUAUUUCCUUGUGAUGGACCUCAGACAUGCCUUUUGCCUGAUUUUCUUGGUAAACCUCUCUCUCUCUCUCUCUCUCUCUCUCUCUCUCUCUCUCUCUCUCUCUCUCUCUGUUCUCUCAAUUCUUUAUUUUGAUUCUUCUUGUAAAUCUUGGAAAGAUUGCAAGAAUGGUGUCUAACGAUAUCUAUAUUGGUGUUAAAUAUUGGUUCUUUAAUUUACUCACUGAAAUUGAAAACCCUUUUUUAAGUCUUAUCUUGAUUCUUCUUGUAAACCUUGAAAUAAUUUCAAGAAAUGUUGUCUAACGAAAUCUUUAUUGGUGAUAAAAUGUGGUUCUUGACUGAAAAAUGAAAACCCUAUCCAAACCCAGUUUUUGAUGCAAGAAACCCUUCAGAAUUUAGAUCACUUUUUUAAUCUGAAUACCCAUUUCUCUAGACACCCAUAAAAUUCUUUUACCUUUGAUUAUUGUUUGUGUUCUUCAUCUAUUUCUGUGUACUCACCCCUUUGGAAUUGGUCCUCUUGGAUGUGCACCUCGCACCUUAUGGGAGUCCUCUCGUGGUAAUGAUAGUCAUCAUCCUAGUCACACAUCAUCAAAUUCUGGCGCUGGCAGUGGUUGGCAAGACUGUAUGGAAGAUGUCAAUGACCUUGUUCUAGAAUACAACGCAUUGUUGUCAGAGCGGUUUCUGGACCUAAAUUUUGAGUUUCCUGAUGCUCUAAUAAUCUUCUGCGACAUGUACCAAGCAAUGAUGGAUAUCAUUUCAUUCCCUAGCCGCUACGCUAAUAAGAUGGGUUUGCCGAGGAUUCCAGCAUUUCAUGCUGAUAAUGGAACUAUUGAAGGGCUAGAAAAUGGUAUAAACUUUGGGUCAACACAAGCGGCAAUCUUGAGCUCAGGAAGGCUAGGCUUUCAGGGAUUGAACCAACAGCUACGCCAGGCAUAUGAGACACUUCAGUUGUUGCAGCUGCAGUUGGGACAGGACAAAGCUCAAGAAGUUAUAGAGUCAUCCGUGUUCUAUCUUUCUUUGGGCAAAGACGACUACAUUAAUUUCUUACACCCAGAUUCUUCUGGUGUCGGGCACAGAUUCAGUAAAGAAGCGUUUACACAGAUUCUAGUCAACCAGAUGAUCCAGGUUAUCAAGGACCUUUACAAUGCAAAUGUGAAGAAGAUUGUAUGCAUGGGAAUUGGUCCUCUUGGAUGUGUAUGGGAGUCCUCUCAUGAUAAUGAUAGUCAUCAUCCUAGUCUCACAUCAUCAAAUUCUGGCGCUGGCAGUGGUUGGAAAGACUAUGGAAGAUGUCAAUAUGGCCUUCGACGAGCCAUUGACCCAUGUCUGGUGGGACUUCCAUUGACAUCAUCAAAUUCUGGCGCUGGCAGUGGUUGGCAAGACUGUAUGGAAGAUGUCAAUGACCUUGUUCUAGAAUACAACGCAUUGUUGUCAGAGCGGUUUCUGGACCUAAAUUUUGAGUUUCCUGAUGCUCUAAUAAUCUUCUGCGACAUGUACCAAGCAAUGAUGGAUAUCAUUUCAUUCCCUAGCCGCUACGGAUUCGAGAAUGUAAAUAGGUCGUGUUGUGGAACUGGUAGAUAUGGUGGUAUGGUAGGGUGCCAAGCUAUUGAGAUGGCCUUCGACGAGCCAUUGACCCAUGUCUGGUGGGACUUCCACAACCCUACACAAGCUGUGCACUCAUUGCUUGCUGAGUCGGCUUGGAGCAGCAAGCCAUUGGAUAUUUGCAGACCAAUCAGCAUUGAACGACUCUCAGUUUCGUACUCAGUGUAAAAACUACUUCAUUGUACUUUCUACAAGGGCUGAACCAUUGAAUUUUACUAGGCCUCACGUUUCUCUAGUGGUUCAGGGUUCCUGAACCUGAGUUACAUUUCUUUUUCAUUUACAUUUUUUGUUGUUGGCAAUUGUUGUCAUGUAAAGUUGAUCAAUGUAAAUCCAAAUGUGAUACAAAAAUCGAAAUUUUGCACUUUUUUUUU